CCACAACAGAAGCGGGAAAUGACCAGACCAUGGCUUCCGUUUUGCUGAGGGGACGGGCCAUCAGAGAGCUCGGCAGAGGGACCAGCUUCUCCUUCCUUCUACGCCGUGAUGGAGGCGGCGGCGCCAUCGCCGGAGGAGGAGCAGGUCUCCUCCGCUCCGGCUCCUCGUCCUCCGCCUCGCUGGCUUCGAGCCCUAGCCUCUCGAUCUGGCGGCGGAAGAAAGAGAUGGGGAAGGAGGGCCUGUUCGUGGUCCAGCAACUCAAGCGGCUCGCCUCCCACGGACCGCGCCUCCAGCAGUUCAUGAGAUCCCACGUCGCUCGGCUUCUGAGAACGGAUCUGCUUGCGGUGCUCGCCGAAUUCCAGCGUCAGGAUAACGUUUUUAUAGCCAUGAAGAUAUAUGAUGCAGUGCGGAAGGAGAUAUGGUACCGGCCAGAUAUGUUUUUCUACAGAGACAUGCUCAUGAUGUUGGCAAGAAACAAGAAGUUGGAGGAGGCAAAACAGGUUUGGGCACAUCUGAAGAGUGAGGAUGUCCACUUUGAUCAGCAUACCUAUGGUGACAUUGUGAGAGCUUUCUUGGAUGGUGGGCUACCUGCUUUUGCCAUGGAAUUUUAUGAUGAUAUGAGAAGCUCUCCUGAUCCACCAUUAUCUCUCCCUUUCCGAGUUAUGUUGAAAGGUCUCAUACCAUAUCCUGAAUUGAGGGAAAAAAUGAAGCAGGAUUUCUUGGACUUGUUUCCUGAUAUGAUUGUAUAUGAUCCACCAGAUGACUUGCUUGAUGAGUAGGGAGUAAUUGUAUCCUCUCGAGAAAUUUGAAACUCCCAUCUCUUAUCAAGCUGCAAUAGCAGUUCUAAGAAAGAUGAUUGAUGAUAUAGGAAAAAAAUGAACCUUUGGUCAUUCUGCAAUUUAUGGAAACUUAAUCUC